AUGCUCGCAAAUUGUUGGACUCAAGAGUUAUUGCUCGAAGACAAGCCUUUAGUAAAGAGUUUGCGAAAACAAGUAAAGGAACUAAAAGAAGAAAUUGAAACACUAAGAAAACAAUUUCAAAAAGUUGAAGAAAAAACCAAAAAACUCGCAAAAUUAUUGGAAUAUGGACUCACAGAAAAGCAGGAACAAAUUGAAAAAAUGUUUGAACAGCACAAAGCCAAAUUCACUAUUGAAGAAAAAGAAAUGCUUCAAAAUUAUCUGUUUAACCAAAGCAAUUUACUUACCCCACAACAACAAUCGACAGCCGAAAAAUUAUUAAAAGCCAAAUUGUCUAGCACUGAAUGA